AAUAUAUUCAGUGUGAAUGACACUUCAUGCUCGUCAGUCAGCAAAUAAUUUGAUCUGUCUCAUACAUGAAUUUAUUUUCAUUAUUUUCAAUAAUUUGAUACUUACAAAAAUUUCGUGAGAUGGCCCGCUUUAUAAGCGUUCCAUUACUUUUAUUAUUCAUAAUCUCGAUCAGUGUUCGUGCUGCGAGAAUCAAGGAUAAAAUUUACAUGUCAAUCGAUGAUGUUGCUGUUUGUUUUCGGAGACACAAUGGUACCCAUCAGUUUGGUUGUUCCUCAAGUAGAUCAGGGAGCGUUGGGGUAAUUCACUUAAUAGAAGAUGCAAACGAUAUCAAAUGGUUAGAAGACAACGGAGUUGCUGGUCCUUACACAGUCGUCUUGCCAUUUUCAUUGUUCACAAGAUCCAUUCUUAAACGUUUGGAAGCUACAAAUAAUAUUCAUGGAGUUUUAUUGGCGAAGAACAGCAGUUUGUCUAUACCAAUGGAAUAUUCUCCCGAAGACUCUUGUCCCAAUAGAUAUGGCGGCGUUAAGGGAUGCGACGAUAAAGAACCAUGGAAUCCAGUUGGCUCAAGUCUUCUCAUGGAAGACUGGCCCUUCCCAAUGUUUUAUCUACAGAAUGAGACUCUACUGGAAGAAAUAAAGGCCUGUUACUUCAAGCACAAUGCUCACGACAUGGAUAAGCAAUUGGAGCGAUCACUUUGCGCUCUCGAGAUGAAAUCGUUCAUGCAUGCGGCGGUGAGUUCGGAGUCAUGUCUUAGACGUGGCACUCACUUGUGGAAUUUCAAUCCACCCCAAUUUUGUGAUCCUCUGGGCGAUCUCAACAUACAUUGGCCCUUAGGACCUCUGACGGAUCGCGAAGAAUCGGUUAUUCUGGUGAUAGCACGUCUUGAUGCAAUUUCCAUGUUUGAUGGUCUUGUACCAGGAGGAAAUAGCGCAGUCACUGGUUUAGUAACAUUACUGGCUACUGCCCAUUACAUGAGUACUUUGAACGCAACUAUCGGGAAAACCAAUGUCUUGUUUUCAUUGUUGAACGGUGAAGCAUUCGAUUAUAUUGGCUCUGGUCGUCUUACGUAUGACCUGAAACAAGGCACAUUCAACGCGAUCGGCGGCAAAUCUUUGACGUUGGAUAGAAUUGCAGCCGUAAUUGAGCUUGGACAGCUCGGGGAAGCUGACAAACUUUAUUUACACGCGAACAAUUAUAAGGGCAAUGAAUUAAUAGAUUCUCUGCAGAAGAGCCUUUCUCUUGAAAACUCCACCCUCGAAGGCAGCGUCCCACCCUCAUCUAUACAGAGUUUUUUGGCUACCAAACGCAAUCUAACGGCAGUCGUUAUUUCAAACCAUGGUAAAAAGUUCACGAACAAAUAUUAUCACAGUCUUCUCGAUGAUGCUCGCAGCGCUGGGUUCAACGGAAGCGAUCCAGCCAACAAGCUGACAUCAACGCUGACGAAUCUAGCGAUAAAAUUGGGUGACCUGUUGUAUUACAACGUAACAGGCAAGAAAUCACCGACCACGGAAAUUAAACCCGUGCAGGAUCGCGUCGCAGAAAUGUUGUCAUGCUAUCUUGUGAGCGCGAAUUGCAGUCUCUUUCGGGCUGCUAUAUCACCGGGUAGUAAACUAGCUGAUCAAGUUUUAUCUCUCUACGUCGGUGUGACGCGAUCCCCGAAUGUGGCGACGAGUCUCACGGGCCAACUUCUCGUUUCACUCACCGGUAUCAAAUUGCCAAAUAUGACAGCCAGCGAGUGCAGCGAAAAUCGAUUUUCUUGGAUGGGUGGAUCCAACUUUACAGGAUUGUGCAUCAAUUCUACAGUCAAUUAUACCGCUGCAGUUAGCCCAGCGUUUAUUAUCAACGAUUACGACAUGAAAUCUGGACAAUAUUCGACAUGGACCGAAUCCGUAUGGUCUUUAUUGAGUGUGAGGAUGUUCCUGAAACCGUCCCCAGCUACGGAACGACUGUCCAUUAUUUUGGGAAGUACCGUAGCCAGUUUAUCGUUCCUUAUAGUUUGGUUCAUCAAUUCACGCUCGGAUAUGUUAUUUGAAAAAAGAAGAGUCGCUGAAUGCUAGGGACACGCCGCGGACCACAUAUCGAUGACCAGGUUGGAUCAUACGGAAGAUCGGAACGUUCCCGUGACUAGCCUUUGAAUUAUGUUGUAUGUGUGGUGCGCCCUCGGAUAAUCUGUUUUUGCGUUUUUUUUCCCAAAUUGUUUUGCCGCGUCCAGCCAUGCUGAGUCUAAUUAUUAUGAAAACACAAAAAAAAAAAUUCAAGUACGUAACACUUUGGCUCUUGGGGACGUUGUUGUAUACGAUGGAAUGAUAUUUUCAAUGGGAUUAAAGUUUACGAAGUUGGAAUUGCAGCGAGUUUUCAUUUUUUAAUUUCGCAAGAUUUCAUCCAAGUAGUUUUCUUAAUUUAAUAAAAUUUCAUUAAUGAAUCCAUGACAAAAUUGUACAAAAAAAUUCCAUCGAUUUUGCAAUAAAUUUGUAAAAAAAACAACGUAUUUGAUAUGAAAUGGAAUUGAACUGCAUUCCAACGAAACAAACGUGAUCAUCGCUGUUUUCUAACAAUAUCCAGCUCUUGUACAGCUUUAAUCUUUGAUAAUUUUGCUUUUAAACGAAUGAAACGCGAAGAGCAGCGUGUACCGAAAAGGAUUCGACAUUUCGAUUUUGAGUACUGAUCCUCUUUUUGCACUCAACGUUUUUUUCCCUCUACAGCCACACACGUUUCGAUGUGGUUGUGAGAUUAUUAUACUCGUCAAUGUGCCCAAAUGGCAUUUCACCCCAUAACGUGUACAGUCAUAUACAUAAUACAUACAUAGACUGUAGAGUAAUUAAUUUAUAACAUAAUUAGUUAUAAAGUGAGGUAGUAUUUAAACGGUAUUAUUAGCGGCGGAAACGAUUGAUUUUUUCGUUUAUUUUUUAAAUAAAUCUUCAGUAGUUAUCCAGGCAAAUUCCGUGACUGCAAAAAUAUUUAUGUAUGGCCAGAGAAUCACUUCGUAACGUCCUUAUUUAUGUCAUUCAAUGAAAAAAUAUCAAAUUGUAA